CUCUGAUCUUGUGGAAAAAGGCAUUUCCUUGAAGCCACCGCUACGACGCCGUUUCUUCCCAUCCGUCCCUCCUUACACGCUUCCGGCUCCACGGACAUGAGGAACACAACGCAUCCUCGAAGGCCAGAUUGGUAUCAAGGGUUUUUCGCUUGGUUUCUAUCCAAAUUCAUGGCCUCUUACGAGGCAGAGGUUGCGAGUUACAAGAUGAAGCUGUUUGACAAACUGGUGGAAAAGGCUGAGAAAGUGUUGGAAAUCGGCAUCGGGACAGGACCGAAUCUGAAGUACUACGCUGGUAAUAAGAAUGUUUCUGUUUAUGGUGUGGACCCGAAUCCCAUGAUGGAGAAGUAUGCUCGUGAAUCAGCUGCAGAAGCCGGUCUGGAACCAGAAAAAUUCAGAUUCAUCCAUGCAGUCGGAGAAUCGAUACCAUUAGACGAUGCAUCUGUUGAUGCAGUCAUUGGGACACUCGUUCUAUGUUCUGUCUCAGAUGUAGCUCAAACACUCAGUGAGAUAAAGCGAGUGCUUAGACCAGGGGGAGCCUAUCUUUUCAUGGAGCAUGUGGCUGCAGAAGAUGGGUCGAUUCUGAGGUUUGUGCAGAAUCUGUUGGAUCCAUUGCAGCAAGUAGUUAUAGAUGGAUGCCAUUUAACGAGACGGACAGGAGAGUACAUUUCGGAAGCUGGCUUUAAUGGCGGCCAACAGAUCAACAAGGUCUCUGUGUAUAGCUUUCCACAUAUGAGCUCUCAUGUUUAUGGCGUCGCCUACAAGUGAAAACAAAAACUCUGAGAGGACGAACAAUUCUAUACCUUAAAGCUUUCACAUUUGAAUAAUUUUCGGCCUGUAUAUCCAAGGGAAAAAACAGAGAGGCUAUACUCAUUGCCUUCUUCCUCUGCCACUGUCACGGCAGCGGAAAACAUAUAUAUAUAUAUAUAUGUACCACAACGAAUAUCUUC